GAGCCUGGCCCACGUGCGCCGCGGGGCUGGGGGAAGGGCGGCGCGCGCCUGGCCCGGCUCGGCUCUCAUCCUCUCCUCUCCGCGCCUGUCCGUCCGGCAUGCCUCCCGGCCCGCCGUGAGGCGCUGCGCCAUGGGGCCGGAUCCGGGCUGGACCGCGCUGGUGCUGCUCUUCGCCGCCUCGCUGCUCACCGUCGCAGCCUGGCUGCUCCAGUACUGGCGGUCGGCGGCCCUGUGGGCACUGCCGCGGCGGCGAACGCCGGCGGCAGAGGAGGCCGGGGCCCGGGCGCUGCUCGCCGCGCUGCUCACCCUCCGGUCCAUGCGGGAACAGUGGCAGCAGGCCUGGGUGCGAGCCCUCAACAGCCAGGCACGCCGGCACGGGAGUUCAGUGCAAAUCACGUUUGAAGAGGGUCCUCAGUUACUACCAGCAGCAAAUAUAAGCUGUGUGACGUGCAAAGGCCAGUCGGACUGCAGCAUGGUGCUUUACUGCCAUCUGUCUGCAGAAGCCGUGAAAUUCCCUGUCUCUGUAACGCAGCAGUCCCCAGCUGCUGUUUCUGUGGAUACGUAUCACGUCACUUUGUCUCUGCUGCAGUCUCAGGUGGAGAUCCAUUUGGAGGAGAUACAGAGUGAGGGUCUCCUGGUGUCAUGGAUGUUCAAGGACAGACCAGACUUGAAUCUGUCAGUUCUUCCAAGAUUUCAACCUCGUGAGAAGAAUGAUGGGAGAGUGGGUCUGUCUACCAUAAAGGAUCUGAUCGAGGAUACCAUUGUCAGCACUCAGCCAGCCUUGAUGGUACAUCUGAAAGCCUGCACCGCAGGAACUGGUGCGGUAUCCAGCAGUAAGUUGACUCGAGAUCCCCCAUCUGGUGUAGUAGCAGGCCCUCUAGGUUCAAAGCUUUUACUACGGAGUCUUCAUGUGCUGAACUUGGGCUCUCAGGAAAAGGGAGGAGUUGAAGAGAUAUUCUGUGUCGUAGAGCUAGACAGUCCCCCACAGCAGAAAUGGAUGAGGCCAGUGACAGUUGGUAGUGCCAGCUCUGCUGCAGAAAUGGAGUGGAAUGAGGAGCUCGUUCUUGAGUUGGGACCUAGAAGUAAGGAGCUGAAGCUACAGGUGCUGGGGAAGAGUGGCAGAGGUGAAGAUGUGCUGCUGGCACAUACUACUCUCUUGCUUGAUCCUUUGAGCAAACGGCCAUCCGGGAGACAGAUCUGCUCUCUGGCCCCUGGAGCUGGGCAGUCACUGGCAGCUGAAGCGACCAUUAUACUGGAGCUGCUUUACCAGGAUUCUUCUACAUCUCUAAAUGCUCAGCACGCCACAUCUCUGCGUACCAGCAUCACCCCCACCAAGAAGGUGGAGAUGGACCGGACCAUCAUGCCUGAUGGGACGAUUGUGACUACUGUCACCACAAUUCAGUCCCGGCCCAAGGCGGACUGCAAGCUGGAUUCACCCUCAAGAUCACCAUCCAAGGUGGAAGUGACUGAAAAAAAGACAACGGUUCUUUUGGAGAGCAGCUGUCCUCGCAGCCUUUUGCCCAGCAGUAGCAGGGACAGCCAGAUGGCUAAUGGCUUGGAUCCGGUGGCUGAGACAGCAAUCAGGCAGCUAACUGAGACAAAUAACAAGCACGCCAAGAAGACCCCAACAAAACGUAGCACGCUGAUCAUCUCGGGAGUUUCCAAGGUACCUAUUGCUCAAGAUGAAAUGGCACUUUCUCUGGGUUAUGCUGCAUCCAUGGAGGCCACAGUGUAUGAGGCUUCUGGGGCAGUGAGUGCAGCUGACCAGAUGCAUGAUUCCACUGAAUCAUCACAGCUGCUGGAAGCAUCGCCAUCAGGACAAGGGGCCAGUCAGGAGCUGGAUGAGACAACACGAUCAGACAUCUCUGAGAGGCCAUCCAUGGAAGAUGUUGAAUCUGAAACUGGCUCCACAGGAGCCCUUGAGACCAGGAGCUUGAAAGAUCACAAAGUUAGCUUUCUUCGGAGUGGUACCAAGCUCAUCUUCAGGAGAAAGACCAAGCAGAAGGAAGCUGGCCUGAGCCAGUCACAUGAUGACUUGUCCAAUGUCACCACUAGUUCUGCCUGCAAGAAGAAAGCUGGCAGCUUCUCCCACCGCCUCAUCAAACGCUUCUCCUUCAAGUCUAAAUCCAAACCUAAAGCUAACGACAGCACAACAGGUGAGAACUGAAGGAGGGAGAUGCUGGUUGGAAAGAUUAUACAGAAAUCCUCUUUUAGUCUUUUGUCUUCCCGCUCCAUGGUAUCUGAGAUCUGCAGUCGAGUUCCUUCCAACCUUGGCAGAGGGAAGACACCCCAGUGCUUUACACUAUUUGGGGAGCAAAGGUUGUGUACCCAGGGCUGAGACUGCACAGCCUUCUCUGAUUGUUAUGCUCUCCCCAGAAAAAAUGCAGCAGGCAUGCUAAUCCCCUUGGGGUUCCCAGGAGCUGCAGAAGUGACUUUGUAUAGCUGUCCAGCUUCACUAGGUGCUUCCUGGGACCUUUCAAGUGAUAGCCUCAGAGUUAAAAACUGAAAAACUGCCAAGUUAGCUGCAUUUCCAAGAGCUGCGGUAUGUAGCCUUGCUCGAUUCUGCUCUUGAGAGAGAAUGCUACAGUUGCUGGCCAUUCUGUUGUUGCUCCUGCUCGAUGCAGAGGCUGUAACAUGACUGAGGUGUGGUGUGGGACGAUGUGUGCAUUCCUGGACUAUGUGCUGUGAGCAGAACAAGCUGCUACUCCCCACCCAGACCGGCUGUUGGAAUUGUCUCCAUUUCAGAAGAUGUGGAGGGUGCCUUUUUUCCAUGCUAUACUGUUGAAGAAAGGAGUCUCUUAAGAAGAAGGAAACCUUAACCACUAAAUGAGUUUUUGUAGAAGACCAAGUUCUUGCAAGAACAUCUCUUUGCUGCUUUUGGUGCUUCUUUAUCUAUGUUCUGGAGUGGGGAAGGGGCCAUGCUACAUAUUUGUACCAGCUGUCUUCCUGUACAAGUGGAACCAGUUUCCCUGUAGGGUGGUUAGGGCCAUCUCUGGUAGGGCACUGGGGAAACAGAGGCUAUGGUCCAGUUCUGUAGUUCUCUUUAGCAGUUCUAACUCCAGUGACUGAUGUGCUGGGGAUGAAUAGUGAGGAACAUGGCAAUGCUAGUGAAAGGGCAGUGUGAUGUGGAACCUGAGGCUGUGUGGUGUAAUGAGUGAGGAGCUUACAUGUUUUCACUGAUGAAAGGCAUUUCUUAUAGUAGAAAGAGCCUUUCUUGAUGGCAUGUGAACUAACCUUCUUCUAGAAAAUGUUAUCCUCUAUGUUUAAGGUGUGGGCCUUUCUGCAGUGGGUGUUUAUGAGGGAGAGCUGCAUGGGGGGAAAAAUCAGCUGCUUGCACAGCAGGAAACUGCCCUUCUAAAUGAAUGUUUUUCCAGUCUCCUGAAAUACGUGCAUUGUGAAUAUCCCAA